AUGGCCUCAAUGAAGUUCAGCUUCCAGAAGCUUAUAUAUUUCCUUUGCGUUGUUGGUGCGUUCGGGGCGAAGCUUCACGACGCCCAGAUCUCCCAGGACGCAGAGGUUGAUGUGGACGAUUGCAGCUUCUCGUUGAAGAACAGCCACGUUGCGACCUGUCAUGACGUCUCCAUCAAAGAUUGCCCAAAGUCCUACACCAACUGGGGCCUCCACUACUUUGUGGAGUGCAAGGUCUCAGAGUAUGAUACCGCCUGCUUGCCCUCUGGACCCAAGUGCAAGAAAACCGAAGGAGGUCAAGCCCAGGGCUGGCUGGAGGUGUACGUUGGCAACGAGAACUACGUCUGUGGUCUCGCCGCCACCGGCAAGGCCUUCUGCUGGCAGAACGGACAGCGACUGAACAAUGUUCCUGACGCGACGUUCCUGACGGUGUCUCCUGAGAUGGGAAAUGCCGCGGCCUGUGGCCUCGACCUGGGUGGCAAAGUGCAGUGCUGGGGAACUGAGAGGGGAUACGGCAGUAACGGCGGGAGGUGCCGCUGGUGCAGCGGAUGGCACAACCUUGGCCUCACACCGGUGCCCAGCAGUUUGCCGACGUUCAUCGACUUGAAGGUGGGCUAUCACACCGCCUGCGGCAUCGAGGAGAGCGGCACUGCUCUCACGUGCUGGGGGACCAUGAUCAGCCCGGACGGAAAGACCUGGCACAAGGAGAUGGGUGAGAAGAUCAUGGGGCUGACUGUGGGCGACCAGUGGAUUUGCAUCCUCACGCCCAAGAAGGCCGUGCGCUGCUGGGACAUGGUCCGGAGCUCCGCAACCAGUGAGAUCAAGGAGGCCACAGUCCCGACCCUCCCGGCCAUCCAGAAGGUGGCCAGCGCCCAGUUUCAGGUUUGCGCCUUGGAUGAGGAGGGGUCUCUGCACUGUUGGGGUAGCAGCGCCUACGACGUCACAGACAAGAAGUUCAAGGACAUCGCCGGCGGGAUGUGGAGGUUUGCCGCCAUCACCACGGAGGGCUACAUGUACUGGUGGCGCGAUCGGAGGAAUUCGGCGACCUUGGAGCAGGUGCUGGAUGUCGAGGUUGAAAGGGGCUUCGUGGGCACCUACGGUGGCGUUGCUUUCGAUGCGGCUGGCUUGGUACACGGCUUCGAGGGCACCAAGAGCUUUCCGAGCAUCCCCCCGGAGGAGUGA